AUGGACAUUAUAUCGACCAUCGCGGACGUGCUGCUGUCCUGCUCGCGCUCGAAGAAGAAUCGCACCGCGGAGCGGCCGGCGGCUAACGCGCCCGAACCGCCUACCACUAACACAAGCAGUAGUUCACCUUCCUCAUCUUCCAAUACUAACAGCACUACCACCACCAGUCUUGAUCCAUCUCUGUCCUCAUCGGCAUCACUCUUAUCAUCCCUAUUUCCAACGCUUUCGCAAUCACCCGGCCCGUCCGGCGGCUCGUCCGAUCAAGCAUCCUCAUCCACGUCCGCUGGCGAAUCUGCGCACAGCAAGAAGUCCAAGCUGGACGUAGAACGCAUCCUGCGCAUACUGCAAGCCGGUCAGACGCCGUCCACAUCUUCAGCUUCGUCGGAUCCAUCUGCAUCCCUGCUGCAGCAGCUCCCACCGGAGCUGCUAGCCGGAGGCCUCGAGGGUGAGGAAAAUCCGCUCGGAUCGUUCCUAACCAAAGAUGCCAUCCGCAUGCUGAUGCCAACUCUGCAGGAGGUGAACCACAAGUUUAACGUGGAAAAGCAACUGCACGCGCUCAAUGCGACGGCGGCAAUGGCGAAGAUAAUGCCAAAAACCCUGCCGCCCGGCACGGACACGACCGAGGAGGACGAGCUGGAGGAGGAUCUGCUGGACGAGGAGGAGGAAGAUACGAUCGAGUACAAGUUCACACCGCGCCCGGUCUUCAUAGCAACGAUCUGUCAGGUCUGUAAGAACCCGUUGAAGAGUUUCGUCCACUGCGAGCGCUGCAAGAUGGUAUCGUACUGUGGCGAAGAACAUCGGCGCACGGAUCAACCGGCCCAUCGUGAACUGUGUGCGGUGGUGUGUGAAGUUGCCGGCAACAGAGGAGGACACAUUUACCAGCUGGCCCGGAAGCUGAACGUGCCGGAGUAUCGCAAUCUGCGCGUCCACACGCUCAACCAGAUCGAGCUCACGCUCAAGCGCCCCAUGCAAGCGUACGAACGGGAGAUUGUACUGUUUCCGCGCAUCUGCCUUACGCCCGAGUGUCGCGAAUGGCGGCAGGAGCUACUGACGGAGUGUACCGACUGUCGGCAGGUUUCGUAUUGUGCGGACAAUCCUGCCCAUCUGCCCGCUUCCCAUCGGCGCUGGUGCAAGGCGUACCUGCUCUUCCAGAAGCUGAUCCUGCGGCAGCGCAUCCUGGGCCGGAUCGAGCCCGUGCUGCCGUCACGCAUCCUCUCGAAACCGGCCCCACUGCCGUCUAACAUUGACGAAGCGUUCAAACAACUGUACAAAAACUCGACUGUGCCUCGGGAUGAAUGUGUCUACGCCGUACUGUCGCAGAUAGGGACCGCGCCGCUAUCCGCACUGUAUGCGUACCAGCAGACAGGUCUGCCGUUCGGCAGCACAUUCACGAUCCAUCUCGUCGGGGCCGAGCUACAGUUCGAGGGCGACACACUGGACAAGUGGGAAGCGUUCUUCCUUCACCUCGUACCGGAGGUCGCCGUACUGCGCGUCGUGUUCGUCGGACCGGAGCUGAACGUCGAGAAUCUGCCGAUCGAUGUCAUCAGUCGCAUUAGAAUGCGUGAGUAUGGCUGA